UUCGUCACAACUUUUUACGCAGUUAACGUAGACAGUCCUCUACAAUAAUUUUUCGUAUUCCAAUCAAAAAUAAUAUUUUUCCAAAUUAAGUAAAAAUAUAAAGAUAUAUAAACAUGUUUGGCAAUAUUUAUGAAAACGUUUUGCGAUUUGUCUCACUGACGGCAGGAUGUUUCUACCCGGCUUUUGUUUCAUACAAGCUCCUGAACGCCCAGCAGCUUCGCCUUGAGAACAAUGAAAUCACUGAUAAUAUGAGUAUCUGGCUGACCUAUUGGAUCGUCUACGGUGUCUGGGCUAUGGUUGAUUUUUUCACCACUGGCCUUGGGACUUGUAUUCCGUUCUUGGACGAGAUGAAGCUGAUCUUCGUAUGCUGGCUACUGCCCACGAUUGGUGCCGGCAGUCAGGUGAUCUAUGACCAGUUCCUGAAUUCUUUCUUCAGCAACAACGAGGUAACCAUCAAGCAUGCCCUUUUCCAUGCAUCGCUUGGGGUUGUUGAUUUUCUGGACCGGAUGCUGCGUGCUUGUUUAAGAUAUAUUAUGGGCGUAGUAGAUGAUUAUCUGCUAACACGGGGCUUGCCCGAAAAUCCUGCAAUCCCGAUACGACCGCCUAGAAUCGACGACUAUUUUGCUAAAACGCAGCUGGAAAGGGAGCAAAAGCAAGCGAAAACUGAAGAUCUGGCCAAUACCAUUGAGAAAGCACUGGGCGAAGAGACUGAAACAGACGAUGACAAAUUAUCGAUAAGCAAUUCGAUAGAGCUGGACAAAACCGAGUCUGAUGAACAGCUUUUCUCCGAUUGCCAUACGAAACCCAAAACAAUGCCGAAACCAAUAAGACGUAAGCUUCCUGCUGUCAGUAAUCAGGCAAUGGAUGUUAAGACUGAUCCCAAUCCAAAUCAAUUUGUGGUAUUAGCCGGCGAAUCUGAAUAAUAGAAGUAGUUUUUUGGAUAUUAUAAGAUUUUAGUCGACGGAACGGAAAUGGAGAAGUAGUUUCCAGUAAUCGAUCUUCAGAUUGAGCUUAACCAAGGCUUUAUAUCCAAAUUCUAAAUGUUUAUUCACUUUUUUAAGCCCCCCGUCAAUAUGUUUGUUAAUAAAAUAAUAACCUUUCAUCGGCCAAACCAA